AUGGAUAUUUCAUUUCUCGGUGGUCGUAUGUUCUUCAAGAACCUCCUUAUCAUCACUCAAAACGAGAUUAUUCUUGUACAUCAAGGAUGGUUCACGUGGCGAUAUUGGCUAUUCCACGUUAGAAGACCGCAGUUGAUGGUUGAGGAGCAGAAAUUGAGCGCAAACACCAAUGAGAAGCUUCCUACGCGAUACUUGUUGGAAAUCUCUGGCUUAGAGAUAUUUCUCUUCAAUAGAACUCAGGCAUACAAUGGUAUACUCGAGAAGUUGAAGUCUGAGAGUUCUGACUCAACUCUUCAUAACAGAAAACAGAGCAGCUCAACAAAAUUGUCCAGCGAUACACUAGAGGCUGAUGACGAAUCACUAUAUAGAGAGAAGACAAUGAACGAGCAGGAGGAGGUUGUGGAUUCUCCCUUUUUGAACUUGCUACCCAUGGCUGUUCACGUGAACAAAGGCUCAUUAAUUAUGGGAAACGAAACGACUCCUUCAUUACUUGUUGUGUACUGUUCAUCUCUAUUUGGUUGUGUUGACGCUUGUCGGCCUGCAUCUACGCUUGAUUAUUUCAGGACAAGCUUCGAUUUUGACACUACCUCAUUACAGGCUUAUCUUAAACCAAACGUAUCUUACAAGAAAAUUGACGAAUUAGCCAAAGAAAUGAAAAAGUUUACCACCAGCAAUGAAGCUAGAGAUAACUUUGUUGACAGAUGGUUUGGAAGUGUUAGUAGACGCUUUGACCUCUGGAAGGUGCACCAUCAGAAGAAAAAAAAUGAGAAAGAAGCGAAGAAGAAGCUAAAGAACGCCGAUAAAUUGGAAGAUGAGGACCAAUAUGAUACCGAAUGGCAUGGAUUGGAAAGAUAUCUGACUCAUAUGUCUUUUAAAGAUGACUCUCCAAUAAAUCCGGAGGUGAUGGACGAGUAUGAGAAUAUGAUGAAGUUUUCGGCCUCAGAGUAUGCCCGAUACACUCAUAUUCUCGAGACCACAAACGCUAAAGUUAGCUACUUUUAUGAUUCUCCAGGCCUUGUUCCUCCAGCUGAAGUGGCUGCAGUAUCUUCCGAUUGCCCAGAUGUUGGAAACGGUGGACCUCCUCCCGGUACUGGUAUCGAUAUUAGUGUCUUGGGUGGCAAUUUUCAUUAUGGUCCGUGGGCAGACAGGCAAAGAGGUUCACUACAGAGUUUGAUAUUCCCCCCCAUCUGUAGAGAUAGUGAACCAUUCCAGAAGUUGAGACCCGGUAUGAGACGUCAGUAUACCGAUUUUAAAAUUUCAAUUGAGUGUGAUGAUGAUACAGUUAUUCAGAUCCCCCAUAGAGAGCCCAGUAAGGAUGCAGACUAUCAGAAGAUUCACGUUAAUGGAGUGAGACCUUUUGGAUGGAUGGAAAUCAAAACAGGCAAAGGCUCCACUGUUGAUAUCUCGACUUCCUACAUUCCAUCAGCCGACAAGGGAUUUGAUAAUAAACUUCAAGUAAGUCUCAAAAGAGUUGAGAUGUCUACUAGUGUCAACCAUGAUAUUGUAUAUAGGGCCACAGGGCAUAAAAUCACAGCUUCCGUUGGAUAUCCUUUGAAAUGGAAUGGUGAGGCCGAAUGGACAUUUGAAAAUAAAUCCAAGAAUGCCCAAUUGUAUUUGUUGAGAGAGCAUGUCGCACUUUGUUCUGACUUGUUUAGAGACUUCAGCUCUGGUGACCCAACGCCUUAUGAGUACUUUCGGCCAUUUCUAUACAAGGUCAAUUGGCAGAUCCGAAAUUAUGCUAUCUACCUUAACGUCAAUGAAGGUAACAUUGUUGAUAAUCCGUUGGAUCACGCAAACAACGUUUACUUCUCUCUCAAAGGCAAACAGCUUGACAUAGAGAUUGGUCUCCCUUUAGAAACAAUUUAUAGAAAAUCCACAGAUGUUUCGUUCAACGUCUUUACCGACAAGUUUGUCUUAUCUUUAGAAGCACCUCCUUGGAGUACUAUCUCCAAUUUCAUGGACACUCCAGAGAUAGGUAAAUCUUUCAAUUUCAAGAUGACCGGCUCCUAUAUCUACUAUACUUCUGUGGAGAUAGACUCCAUGGAUACUAUCAUUAUCAACUGCACCUGUAGUGAUACCACGUUGGAAUGCUAUGGUUUCUUUAUCAAGUACUUCUUGUACUUGAAGGAAAACUACUUUGGGGACCAAAUUCAUUUUCAAACUUUGUCAGAGUUUACGGAGAAGUCAAUGGGUAGGCAGAGCACUUCUUCUAAAAAUGAUAGUGCCAGGUUACUAUCUAUGCCUAAGGUUAAGAACGAAACUGACCUUUUUUUUUCGUUCUGCGUAACAAACGGUUGCAUAGUUUUGCCUGUCCAUCUUUACGACUGUGGUUCCUUUAUCGGAAUUCAUUUUGAGUCUUUAGACAUUGAUAUUAGAAUCAAUGGUUACUAUAUGGACAUGCAAACGGACUUUUCUCCUGCUCUUAUUAACUAUUUUGAGAAUGCUGGACAUAUGGAUAUAUUUGAGUAUACGAGAUUGAAGCAGCCUUUUUCUCCUGACAUGAAAAUAGACGGCCUUUCAAUUCAUGGUCAUAGAAUGUUUGGAUUGCCACCUGAUGAGCUUACAUAUUUCUGCCGCUGGGCUUUCGAUUCCGGUGCUGUUUCUAUAGAUUCGGAUGGAUCGUUUGCAAAUUCGUUAAUGCAGUCCAUCUCCUGUCUCAAGUUUGGAUAUGGAGACUUGGAAAAUUCGUUACAGAAGCCCUUGCCUUCUGUCAUGGAUAUUAUUAAUUUGACAUUUGUGGCCCCUUCAGUGCACCUCAAGUUACAUGGUUUGGAUUAUGUGCUUGAUAUCACAUUAAGUCCUGUCAGUUACAAGUUAUCAGAUCAGUCGACUUUGGAUUACAACAAGCGAAUAGAUUUAGAAAUCAAAGAAAUCACGGUGAAGUCAUUCAGAGAGAAAUUGGAGAUUUUGAACAUGACAACCUCUUUCUAUCUUACUGAUUUUGUUCAGAAACGAGAUGGAGCACAAAGAAGACUCAAACAGCUCAGACAUGUGAGGUUCAGCGAUGGACCUUUUCACAGGAGCCCUUUCUUUCUCACCGAGGAAUUCAGGACUCGUAAGUAUAAAAACGAAUAUCUGUCUAUUUUUCCCUCGAUUAGUCUUCCCGAUGUGCCUGAGCCUUAUUUAUCGAGUACCAUGGAUCUCUUGAUUCAAGGGUAUCCAGACGAUUUUAAGCAGCGAUUGGAAACAACUUAUAACGACAUUGGUGAUAACUCUGUGGAAGAGAACGCUUUCACGCCACAAAGAAUCAAGCAUUUCCAGGCCAAUGAUUUGGAUCCUCAAUGUGAGUACGACAAUAUUGUCUUGAGUUUUGGUAAGGUGACUGCUUUUAUGUUGCCCGAGGCUUUUGCUGCCUUUUCUGAUAUCUUGAUGGGUUCCGCAAACUUUUCUAUUUAUAGAGUCACUGACUCCUUAGAGAUAGACGUGUUUAACUAUCUAUGUCGAUCUCAUCUUCCUUCCAAAGUUAAUUACAAGUUUGAGUGUCCCGGAAUAUCCCUCAGGAUGGGAGAAGAGAAUUCAAGUAUCGACCAUCUUGAUUUUCAGCUUUUAUCACCUUCUCUAACUCUUUCUAGCAGCAAGACUUCCGAUGACGAAGAUGCAUCUGGCGAGCUGCACGUGAAUGCAUCGAUAGCUGAGUUUAAAAUGCAAGCUACACAUGACGAUAAAGAGGCUUUUCAGGGUGUGUUAUACAGUUUCACCCUGAAAUAUUCCGAGUUUUCAUCAACUAAGUUGAUAAAGCUGAAUUUGGGGGACUUCAUAUUCUCAUUGAAUGCCCAAGAGAUGAAUUGGCUGUAUAAUUAUUGCGUUCCACUUAUCGCUCGAGUGUCGAGUUUCUUGGAUUAUAUUUCUAUUGCUGAAAGGAACAAGAGGAAGGCCAAGAUGGAAUUUGUAUAUAAAGCUUCCAUGGCUGGAGUUAGCCAUAAAAUUGUGCACGAUCCUCCCUGCAUUACGAAGCCUUCGUAUGUCACGAGAUUCACGGAAGACCACACCAGAUUGCAGAAUAGUUGGCGUAUUAUGACGCGAUUGAGGCAUGUUAUGAAGAAUCUACCGGAAGACUGGCAUCAAAGGGAGAAUGCCGUAUUUAAAACUAAAAAAUGGGAAGCUCCAGAAAGCGCCCAAGAAGAGGUAUUCAAUGUCUUUCUUAAUUGGCGUCAAUGGGAAUGUCAGAAUAUUGAGGGCAGCUACAUUUUACAACACGUAUUUGCUCUAGAAGAGAGUAACAAGAACUCAAAACCUCUUUCUCUGGAGAUGUUUAUUAGACACUGUGGAUUGAAUCUUGGAGAGAUUAAGGAUAUCAUUAUGCUAUCUGAAUUGCGUCUUGAUUUUCACCAAAAUAAGUUGGUUGAGGAAGUCCGUGCUAGAGUGAAACCAUUAAUCAAGGCUGAUAUAGAUGACGGCAUUGACAUUAGAGUCGAAGUGGGUUCUUGCGCUACCAAAUUGGCUGAUCUUAGGCACUCAAUGACUGAGUUUUUAACCUUCAUCAAGGCGAUAUACAACGUUAUCGACCAGAUGAAUGAGGCCAAAAGAAACUGUACCGACGAUGUUAAUGUGGUGGAUGCCGCUGGACCUCCGGACGAAAAGUUGAAGCCUACGUUGAUCACCAUGCAUCUGGUGCUUACUCAAUUUAAGAAUGACUUGAGUAUUGACAGGACUAAAGUUAGCUUUUUUGGCCGUGGUGGAAUGAUAAAUAUCUCUGCCAUUAAAAAUUCUGCUCACUUGCUUGCUCUUACUAUGAGUUCAAGUGUUGAUCUGCAGAGUAUUCUAGUAUCUAGUGGUACCAUUCGACUUAUCGACUAUCACUGUGAAGCGCACACGUUUGCUAUUACUGUAGCCGGAGAUAUCAAGUCAGGAAAUAGAACCAUAAGCAUUUCAAAUAAGAAGAUCACUUUGCAAUGUGCUCCUGGCUCUGAAGGAUUGACGAGGGCAAUAGAUUACUUUAUUAAGUAUGAGUAUCUGAUUAUUCAGCCUCUCUUAGAGUUUAUGGGUCAUAAACUAGCUAAGGAGGAUAUAUUGGACACUAAGGUACCACCAUUGACGGAAGAUAAUUCCAAUACGUUUCAAAAUAUUCGUGGAAAGUUUUCCAUUGAUAUAAACGUCGCCAAAAUGCUACUCGAACUUGAGAUAUUCUCACCCCUUCUUUACACGGCAGAUGUUGAUGAUAUUCAAUUCAGCAUUAUAGGUGAAAGUACAGGGCUUAUCGGCUCGCUCAAUCUCAAUAGAUUUGCAACCAAAAUAAGUUCAAGAGCAAAAAAUUAUGAAUAUGAAUAUGCUUAUUGCACAUUGGAUAAAAUCAAAGCUAUUGCAGGAAUUCGCCCUGAUAGUGGGAGAUAUAAUGCCUAUGUUAAGAUUUCAUUGGGGAAUGGGCGUGCUCAACUGGCUCAAAACGAUCUAGUUCAGAUUAUUCUGAAAGCCUUCGACGACUCACGACAGGUUCAAGCAAAUUAUCUUCUACUUGACAAGAAGGUGCAGCGAUUCAUAUGUUUGAUUAGGCUUCAAACGCCACUUGCACAGGAGUCAUCAGUGCCAUUGAUGGGACCAAUUGGUAGCAGGCCGACAGCGGCGUCGAAACUGAUGGGCUUCUUAAGGGUUUAUUUUUCGUUAGAUUGUGAUGCAUUGGGAAUUGCUACUAGAAUCAACGAUAACCAAAUUGUGUUGGAUUCUUCUAAUCUGUCCGUGAACUUGGACUCAUUCGAUCCUGUAUCGUUGGUGAACAGACUAAGUGGUAAAAUUGACCUCCCUUCCACCAAAAUUAUCUUUGCUUCUGCCACUUCUCAGGCCGCUAGGUUCCCUAUAUUCGAUAUCAAUUUGUCGUUGGAUAUCGUGAACCCGCAGAUAAAGGACCAUAAGCUUCAGCAGAUGAUACUUUCUAGCGAGUACUGUAGAAUCGUUUUAAAUCCUUAUUAUGCUAACAGGAUGCUUGAUAUAUACGCUGAGAUGAGAUGGUGCUUCAGUAAGAUCAAACAAAAUUGCUCCAUAGCACAUACAAAUAGCGCUGCUACACCGGAUGCAUUUCAGACAAUUUUGAGCUUCUUUGCUAUCAAAAUUUCAGCAAAGAAUCUAUGUGUCGGAUGGUUAUUUUCUCCCAACGAGAAAUACUAUUCAAUGCAGUAUAUCCGUCCUGGAGUCAUCUUUGGAUUCGAAAAUUCAGAAAUCAUCUGCGCUAAAGCAGCAGGUAGAAUGUCAGUUUAUGGUAUGUACACCUCAUUGGCUCAUGGAAAUGGUCCGACGAACUUUUACCCUACGAAAAGUGAAAGAACGAGUGAGAACCGAGCUUACUUUCCUACUUUUAAGCUAGUCUAUGCGAUUGUCCAUGAAGAAGGUCGUAGGCAUAUGCAGGCUAAAGUUGAUGGCGAUAUGAUUGAUUUUAAGUUACAAACUCCGGUACUUUUGGUAUCGGAACCGUUGGGGUCAUCUCUCUUGCGGUUGCAAACCAAGCUCUCUGGAUUACAACCUACUCAGAAGCCCGAAGCCACUCUAAGCAACCAUAGAAAUGAUACUCAGCAGAACCUACAUCAGUUCCUUGGUAUUGAUAGCUUCAACUGCAUCUUGAGAUUUGAUGGGGCUAACUUUGCCAUUACAAAUUCAAACAUUGAGGUAAAUGGUCAGACAGCAGCCUUGCAUAUGCAGGCCCCCAAAAUGUCUACAGUUCUCAAAUGGACUCAUAAAGAGCCACCUGCUAAUAAAAAUAUGAUCUCGAUUGUGACCUCAAUUUCUCGGACCGACAAUUCACUUACAUGCUUGUGUGUCCCUGUUUUAACAGAUGUUAUUGGCAUAUUCCGUGACUUUAUGAGAAGCAAUGGCAAUAAGUUAGUGGUCUCUUCAAAAUUAACAGAUUCAGGAGUCGGAGAGCCAGACACCUCGUUUGAAUGGCAAAAGGUUAUGAAAAGUAUCACCUUCAAUUUUAUGUUGAAAGUUGAACCUCAAAGAUUAAAGUUAAGCUGUGAACCUCGUGCUAACGUAGCUGCCGAGGUUUCCUGUGACGAGAUUCAUAUUGUUGUAAGCAGUGACUCUGACUCAAUUUCAGGUCUACUUUAUGUUGGGGAUUUGAGUGCUGCUCUUCGCCAUGCAUACUCUAAAGAAGCCAGCGCCUCGUUUUCUGUCAACAACUUAAUUUUGAAUGCUACGAUGGCAGACAUUUGUGAUGUCAAGCAAUUUUCAAUUGUGUGCAAGAUAGAUGAAUUGAAGGCUUUGGUGAAUAUCCAACAACGACAGGAUUUGGAUGUAUUCAGAGAUGUUUGGUUCCCUGGCCAAAUUGAUGAUUUGGGUAUGGUGACAAAAGAGAUUAAGAAUGCCAGAAGUCCGAAGACAUUUGCAUCUGUGUUGCGAGAAGUUUCUUCAACGUCUGCCUUCCCUUGGACUUGGCUAUUAUUGAUCAAAAAGGUACAGGUUCAACUCCAUCUUGGUUCAUCGUUGGGAAUCCUUAGCGGUCACAUUGAUAAUACUUGGGUUGUCUCCAAGAAAGCUACAAACUGGGACCAAAAUGUUCGUUUUCAGUCCGAUAAAUUAUGUCUUGAGUCAGAAGGUCGUUUAGGCGGAACAUUGAACGUGGAGGGAAUCAGAGUAGCCUCUAUGAUUUCAUGGAAGAAAGAUGGUGCAGUUUUAGACGUACCCCGGGUGAUGCUUUCCGUUGGAAUCAAUCUGUUGCAGGCCAAAGUCUCCUUGGACUUCCACCCUUUCCUCAUUUUGGAUGCUAGAAGUAUGGCGGUUGGCAUAUUCAACCAGAGGUCGCAAGGCCAACUGGAUAAGUUGGCUGGAACUGUUUCUAUUGAAUCACUUAAGGUAUUUAUAACAGCAUUGGCGGCCUCCAAUCUAGUUGAUAUCUAUACGAUCGGUUUAAGAAUCCGGCAAGAAAUCCAUAUCUCCUAUCGACAGGUUUUGAAUGACAACAAAAAUAAACAGAGUCAUAAUAAUGAGAAGAUCGCUCAUUCUGAUGAGGAAGCACAAAGCCGGACAGUUUCUGAAACAUUUUUGAGAGUGAUUCAGAAACUUCGUACCGAUCUUGACUUCAGAAUCGGCGGAUUGGAAAUUCAGGUAUUGCCUAGUAGUUUGACGGAUUCACGGGUUUUGGUUUUAAGAAUUGGAUCUGCCAAGUCGAGUUACUCUCAGAAUAAUACCAACAGGUUAGAGAGCCAGUUACACGUUAACUUCAAGAAUGCUAUUGUUGCCUUAUCUUCUUAUAGACACAAGCCUAGUGAGCAGCUUCUUGAAAAAGGUGAUGUAAGUGCGUAUGUCGAUGUUGCCGGCAAGGCUUCUGGAGGUAAUAUUUUUGUGUUGCCUUCGCUGAGUGUUGAUAUGGGAAUCUGGGUUAAUUUUGGAAGCAACUUGGUUAAUUAUACCUACAAUCUAAGUUUCGGCGACAAAGUUGAUGUGAGGUGGAAUUUGGGAUCUGUUUAUUUUAUUAGACAGAUGUGGUACACCCAUGCUAGCGCGUUACGUACCAGGCUAAAGGCUCUUCGAAUUUUUAACUCGGAUGAAUUUGGAGGAAAUUUUGAAGAGAAUUACAAGGAGUCCAUUCUUGAAACCGUGAAUGUCGAGGAUCGAUUGAAAGAUGCGGAAUUGGAUGAAAAAUAUGUGUAUGUUUCAAUUGAGGAUGCACAUAUUGAGACUCCUCAACUAAGAGACUUAGGAAAUGCAACGCCACCACUAGAAUGGUUUGGCCUCCAUCGUAAGAAGUUCCCUAAUUUGACACAUCAAACUGUGAUAUUGAGUUUGCAAAAGAUGAUCGAGAAGGUUGAGGAAACUUAUUCCAAGGUGCUACAUUAG